UGUAUAUACAUAUUAUGCAUUAAGUAAAAAUUCAUAAUAAUCUUAAUUAGUGCUGUUCAGUUCGGCUAUUGUAGACAAAAUCAAUGGAAUUGCCACAAUGAAUGAAGAAAUUGAGUGAAUUUUAGAUGAGGGACACGAAAAGUUGAGGGUGAAAUCGUGACAGAGCGAGACACUGGAGGAACUUAUCUUGAUUAGAAUGAUGUUGCUAAACCGCGAACAUGAAGUCUAAUGAGGGUGGACUUGGGGUAUUUGGAAAUUAUUGGUAUAUGAAGGGCAUUCUGUACUGGAUCUUAGCUGGACUGAGGGUUGUCCUCACCCUUGUGCCCCAAACGGGCUACAUUCACCCCGAUGAGUUCUUUCAAUCUGUCGAGGUAAUUGCCGGAGACCGCUUCGACAUCGAGGUACACCGGCCCUGGGAGUUCAACGCGAGCUUUCCCAUCCGUUCUACCCUGAUCCCCCAGGUUAUCGUAGGCCUGCCCUACACCAUCCUCAACAUCCUCUCUCCCUAUUCCUCGUACUACCUUCAGAUUCACCUGAAAAGUCCCUACCUCCUGGUGGUGCUCCCCAGGCUCUUUGCUUGUGCCCUGUCCUUCCUCAACGACUACUCCAUCUACAAAAUAUGCUGUAUCUACAGACGAAAUUAUCGCUUUCGGCUCGUCAUCUUCGCGAGCUCCUUCGUUAUGCUGACCUACGCCACUCGCACCUUCUCCAACACCAUGGAGCUCCUCCUCAACUCCAUUCUCAUUUACUACGUCUCACGAUGCAUGGCGUGCUCCGAGAAAAUCGUUCUCCAAAGUGAUCACUGGAGCGAGCGCUACGAAAAGGCCCCAACGAUCGUUGAGAGAGUAAAAUACUACAAAUUGAGGGCAUCACUGCCCUCUCAUUCUCUCAACCAUUGUUUAGUCUUGGCCACUGUCACAGUCCUUGGUAUCUUCAAUCGUCCAACAUUCGUUGCCUUUGCAUUUCCUCCCAUUGCCUUCUGGCUCCAGCGAGGCCUCGGCUCCAGGAGCGUUGGCUUCUGGGACUUUCACGUCAGGAUAAUUACAUUCAUAAUCUGUGGUAUACCCACUGCCGCCGCUAUCAUCAUCACUGACAGCUUCUACUUUGGGUACCUCACCCUCAGUGAAAUUAUGAAAUUUGAAAUUGGCAUGAAUAAUUUCGUUGUCACGCCUUUGAACUUUCUCAGGUACAACUCUGUCAAUGAAAAUCUCGCUCAACAUGGCAUUCACGGGAGGUACCAGCAUUUUCUGGUGAAUGUUCCACUACUGUUCAAUGUCCUUGGGGUCGUCGGAUUAAUCUCCUUCUUGAAAAUUAUUAACAUGAUUUCGAACCGUCACUGGCUGCAGCUCCCAAGGAUCCAGAGCAUCGAGAGUCUGAUGACAGCUUGCUUCAUAAUUCCCAUCGCCCUGCUCUCGAUCUUCCCUCAUCAAGAGCCUCGUUUCAUCAUUCCAGUGCUUCUUCCCCUGGUAUUCCUCAACGGAGGAUUUUUCGGGAAUGAGGGGAGCCUAAGAACAGUCGUGGACCCUUCCAUCACCAGGAGAGAACCUUCCAGGAUCAAAUGGCAAGUAAUUUGGUGGAUCUUCAACAUUGCCCUGACGAUAUUCUACGGUUUCCUGCAUCAGGGAGGAGUUCUGCCCUUAGCUAGUCAUUUUUCCCAUGAGCUCAAAGCAAAACCAGAGCUCACCCACAUUCACCUCUUCACCUCUUACACAUACUCGUUGCCCACUGCUUUCCUCCAGCUGAAGAAUACCAAAAAAAUCUACACCAGCAGCACCAAACACAGAUACCAACUCAAACAGGAUUUCUUCCUGUACGAAGAGGGUAGUAAGGACCUCCCAGAGGUAUACGCCGACAUCAGGAGGACACUCACCGACUGCGAGAAAAAACAUCGCAAUCAAAAGAUCCCCUACAGACUCUACUACGCGAUGCCUGUCAAUCUUUUCCCACAAUUUAUCGAGCACAUCCUCAUCAAUGGUACCAGAGAUCUGAGCUAUCAGACCACCGGUGUAUUUUAUCCUCACGUCUCCACCGAGAAUUUACCUAGAUUUUCCGUUCACUUCGACUGCUUUCUCGUCGAGAGCCUCAGUCUCUGUCUCAAUCACUUGACAACGAAUUUCUCUAGCGACUUGGUGAACCUGCUCCAGAACUUUGGAUUGUUACUGUUGAGAAUUGAAGUGCCUGAUAAUGUUGGAUAUAUCUCGUAGGAAAAUUAAUUCAAUGCUUU